UGGUUGAUUCACCAAGUAAGGAGUGAGGACCUAUUCCAUCCCAUCCCAUGCCAAACAACGCCCAAUCCUCAAAACAAUGGUAGCCGAGAGAGAGGGUAACGGUAACGGUAACGGUAACGGUAAUGGCAUCGGAGAAGGAUCACUCAUAUUCACCUACGGAACCUUGAAGAGAGGCUUCUCCAACCACAACCUUCUCCAAGACCUCAUCCGCGCCGGCGACGCCUCCUUCGUCGGAACCUACCGCACCGCCGCCAACUACCCCCUCGUCUGCGGGCCCUACCGUGUCCCCUUCUUGAUCAACCUUAUCGGGUCGGGUCGCAGGGUCCGCGGCGAGCUCUACUCCGUCUCCACGCGCGCCCUCGCGCGUAUGGACGAACUCGAGGGCACCUCUCGCGCCCACUACGAGCGCCUCCCCAUCCAGGUUGUCCCCGCCGCCGAUCGCGACGAGGAGGCGGAGGAGGAUGAGGAUGAGGAGGAGGACGUGGUGGUGGAGGGGCUAACGUGCGCUGAGGCGUAUUUUGCGCACCGGAACUACGCGUUGGAGAUGUGGAAGAAGAACGGGAAGGAAGGGUUGCGGUGUUACACGGCGAAGGAAGUUAUCGGUUAUGUGAAGCGCAAGGAUAGGCCUCAGCAUUUGACCUUCCUCGAUCACAUUCGCUUCUUCCUUUCCUCUUAGUUCAUUCUCUCUUUCUCUUUCUCUUUCUCUUUCUCCCAACACACUAUUAUUCAAUGGAUAAAUAAAUCUAAUUAGGAAGGGUUUUCUCGCCUUAGGUUUGCAUCUUUAGAUUCCCUUUCUUCUGUCAUUCCAAAUUUCUCUAUAUCUAAUCAUGUUGUGUUCUGUGCAAGUUUGCAUCUUGCGGAAGGGGGAAAAAUUGGGUGCUUUUUUUUUUCUUUCUUUUUCUUCUUCUUGUAGUAGCAUGUUUGGUUUUACAUCAUAAAAGUUAUGUAGAAAUUGAUGUAUAAGUAAUUAAUAUUUGUUUUGACUAAUUCACAUCUAAUCAAAACAUGCUAUAUGAUUGUAUCGAUGAUCGCGAGGAGGUGGGUCUCUUGUUUUGCUUAGUACAUGCGAAACAAUGAACAACCCUGAUGGCUGCUGCUAUUUUGUUUUCUGGUUAAUGUUAGAAAUGAGUUUAAUAUUUAAAGAGAGGGUAUUAAAUUACAUAGGAUUGUUGAAUGUUU